AUGGCCUUCCAGCAACCGACCCGACAACUCCCUCAACGGAUAACCCGUGUUGAGUCAGGCGAUGGAGAGUCUGCAGUUCUCUCGCGCCCGGCCCACGUGGACCCGAACGAGUCUCACACAUGGGUCCUAUUCACGCCAGGCACUGACGCUGGGACGACAACUUCAUACCUUAGCUCAGCUCAGGACGAUCAGAUAACUCCCGGUAGAUCAAGGAUCAGUGAUCUGGGCAGCAUCGACACCGCUGCCCGGUCUGAUUUCAAUUCUCAGCCUAACAAUUCCGCAGUUCCCUCGGAAGCCCUAGCGGAGAGCGUUGCCGAGGAUGACGCCGAGCUUGACAGCCUCGACAGUCAUCUACCGGAAUUUCGCACCGUUACAAGUCCUUACAACCAAUCCGAAAUCCCGCACGCGGCGACGGUGCUCCCAGGGCAUGAUGGAUUGGGCUCGUUCAGGUUUGAUGCCAAGGGGACAAGCGCCGAAGCGCAGGAACGGCUGUAUGCCUUUGAAAGGUUCAAUCCAAACCGCGUAAGGCCGAGCACUGAGAGCUUUGACCUGGCUCAAUUGGCGCUUGAAGAUGAGGAGGCGCAAAGACUGGAGAGAAAUCGCAGAAUCGAGGCAUGGCGACUGGAACAGAGCAAGCUCUUGCUAGAAGACAUCAGGAAAGAGACGAGGAGAAGGCGACAGCCGGAGGCAUCUCUACGCAAACACCAUCCAGAAAUCAGCACGGCGCAGGAGGUUGCGGAAAAGAGCGUUGCAAACCAAGAAGCAGAAGACAUCAACGUAAGCGGUGCUGAUUGGCACGAGCAGGAUGGACCAUUACCCAGCCCCGCAGAGGGCGGCUUGCUGAGUCGCAUCACACGGAAAUUGCUUUGCGACCUCAUGGGGAUCGAUGACAAGCUACUUCCGAUUCUGUUUGGGGAGGUGCUUCCUGACGAGGGCGCACUCUUAUCCAUGCCUGAGGCAUCUGCAGUCGGCGUGUCUCCCGCAUCUGGGCCCGUUGAGUCACAGUCAUGGGAUGACUCUGCAUGGCAACUGCGUAUGCUUGAGCGGAUAGCGAGGGAACUCGGCCUUCUUGUACACAAGAUGUCGACUCACCCUGGCGCCUUUUCAACAUACACGCGCGUACAACAUAUGCCGCUUCCGUAUGCCGGCCUUCCAGUCAUACCAGAGACGCCUGUUGACGUGAAUGACGGGGUGCAAGGGACGGACGGCAGUGUCAUGUCUACGCCGCAAUUCAAGCCCACAAUUGCAGCGUCAGCCGAUGUCCAUGGUGCGCGGACGUCGGAGCCCCCGACACAAUCGGCGCCUUCUACCGCCGACAUGGGCCCGAGCGAUGGGUCACAAUCUUUCACACAACAAGAGUGGGAACAGGACCUUGAUAUCCGGCUGGUCUUCCGCUAUCUACGGUCACGAUUCACAUCCUCUCGCCAAACCUCGGCCCCGUUUUCGUCGGGGACUUCUCACCUCGCCACGUCCAGCACGCAGGAUGCCGCAGCAAAGGCGGCCAGGGUGCGUCAGCACCACCCUCUCGUGUCCAAUGCUCACGCACAUGGAUACCACCGGCCCCGCCCCGCGGACCGGCGCACGUUUAAGGCGGCUGUGCCGUCUAAUCCCGCUGGGUUGAGGCAUGCUCCUGGCAGCUGUGCUAGUCAGAGUACGCGGCGGUCUGCAAGGCGAAGCAGCAUCUCGUCCCGGCCAUCGUCCCGGCAUUACUGGGAUAUUGGAGGCUCCAUAGGCACAGGCAGCAUUAUCGCGAGCACCGGACCGAUGGGGAGCUGGGGCGAGCUUUAG